UUAGGCCCUGUAUCUGUUUCCUGUGUCCGGUGUGCAUGCGAGUGUUUCGUGAAGAGGAGAGAGAGAUAGAUAGAUAGAUAGAGAGAGAGAGAGAGAGAGGAUGGCUAUGGCUUCAGGUCACAAGUUUGCCAACUUUUUUCCGAGCGUGUCGGACUCCAGUGUGCAACAGCAAUCGCACGAUCUGCCCGCCUAUUUUAACUCACGGCGCGCUUUACUUGUCGGACCACCGCGUAGCGGAAAGACGUCGCUGUUAUUUCAGUUCUGUUACAAUUGUGCUCGGGAGUCGGGAUCGCGAUCGCAUGUCGUAUUUAUCUGUCAAAAGAAGAGGAUUGAAAAUGGUCCACCCUUACUGUCUCGGGGAGUAGACCCUUCAUCAGAAGUCUUCAAUAGAGUGCAUAUGAGGUAUUUGGUCGAUGACAAGGAACUCAGGAAAUACUUGGCAUGCCUACAUCUGCUUCCCAACUCACAGUUACCGACUGCUCUAGUGAUCGACAAUUUUUCGGCGUUCUUUGAUCAGAGCAGCAGUCAUGUGGGGGGUGGGGUCCGAUCUGCGCACGGGCGUGCUCAAGAUAUGGCCAUCGCAAGAACGCUUGCGUUAUUAUGCGAUGCUGUCGAUUUCGUAAGGCAGAAUGACCAGCCAAUUUGCAAACUUCUUGUCUCUGACACGUCAGGAGCAGAUGGACCUCGGUCUCUAUAUCUGUUCCAGCGCUGGUUCCCGCUUAUCUUCCACAUCAAAGCUCUUGAACCUGGGAAGUUUUCUCUGUCAGUUUUUCGCGACAGCCUUGGUCCUGGCGGGUUCCAUGUGUCGGCAAGGUAUUCGCUUUUGGAGCAUUGCUUGAGCCUCCUUUCACUGGAGUUCGUUCCCAGUCCCCCCGCAGUUGCAGAGAAGUAGCUGCUGCAGUGAGAGUGAGGCCAGCGUUCUUUCGCUGGGUUCUGUCAAAAUGAGCGAGCGAUAUAUGUUCACAAUCAGAUUAUCAAUUUAGUAUUCGAAUUGUCAGUAGCCCAGUCAAAAAACGCAAAUGAUGUCACAAUAGCAGGCUUGGGUCUUCCAGGUUCUUCAAGUCUUAUCCAUUGUUAUUCUCCGAAUGCAAUAAAAUUUAAAUAAUAGU